AUAAAAGCAGUAAAUUAAUAUUUCAAUGGAGAAACGAUUAAAAGAUGUGGAGAAUUCAGACAUGUCAUCAACGCUUAUAUUUUUUGUAAACGGCAAAAAGAUUGUGGAUAUCCAACCUGAUCCAGAAUGUACCCUGUUGUCAUAUCUACGGGAUAAACUUCGAUUAUGUGGCACAAAAUUGGGUUGUGGAGAAGGUGGAUGCGGAGCUUGCACUGUGAUGAUUUCUCGCUUGGAUCGUCAUACCAAUACCGUCAAGCAUUUGGCGAUAAACGCUUGUUUGACUCCCGUAUGUGCCAUGCAUGGACUGGCAGUAACAACAGUUGAAGGUAUAGGAAACUCACGGUCACGUUUACAUCCGGUCCAAGAACGUUUGGCCAAGGCACAUGGCAGUCAAUGUGGUUUUUGUACACCCGGCAUUGUAAUGUCGAUGUAUACUCUGCUUAGAAAUUCGAUGCAACCGUCCAUGAAGGAAUUGGAAGUGACAUUCCAGGGAAAUCUAUGUCGCUGCACAGGUUAUCGCCCCAUUUUGGAGGGUUACAAGACAUUUACCAAAGAAUUUUCCUGUAGCAUGGGUGAUAAAUGUUGCAAAGUCAAUGGGUUUAUGCAGAAUGGAGAUGAUAAUGGCUCCCGAUUGAUAGAUGAUAAACUAUUUGAAACGAAUGAAUUUGUUCCCUUGGAUCCAAGCCAAGAACCCAUAUUCCCCCCGGAACUGCAUUUGAACAAACAAUGGGAUACGGAAUCAUUGAUCUUCCAAAGUGAUCGCGUUACUUGGUAUAGACCAACAUCAUUGAAGGAAUUGAUGAAAUUGAAGGCGCAAUUCCCUCAAGCCAAACUUGUAGUUGGCAACACAGAAGUUGGUGUAGAGGUGAAAUUCAAACAUUUCCUAUAUCCUGUCCUAAUAAAUCCCACUAAAGUACCUGAGAUGACUGAAAUGGUGGAAUUUGCUGAGAGUAUUUAUUUUGGUGCUUCUGUCAGUUUGCUGGAGAUCGAAAUGUAUUUGAGAGAACGCAUAACCAAAUUGCCUGAACAUGAAGUUCGCUUCUUCCAAUGUACGCUGGAUAUGUUGCACUUCUUUGCCAGCAAACAGAUACGAAGCGUAGCCUCCUUGGGUGGCAACAUUAUGACUGGCAGUCCCAUUUCCGAUAUGAACCCCGUACUCAUGGCUGGCCAGGUCAAAUUGAAGGUGGCCAAAAUUGCGGGAGACCAUACAAUACAAUGCCGAGAUGUUGUAAUGGAUUCCAAGUUCUUUACUGCAUACCGUAAAAAUAUUUUGGAACCCCAAGAAGUCCUGUUGGGAAUUCAUUUUCCCAAAACCCUUACCAAUCAGUAUAUGGUAGCUUUCAAACAAGCUCGACGUCGUGAUGAUGACAUAGCCAUAGUCAAUGCUGCUGUAAAUGUCAUUUUCGAUGGUAACACCGAUAGCGUUCAAAAAGUUUGUAUGGCAUUUGGUGGCAUGGCUCCCACAACGGUUUUAGCGGAGCGUUCUGGCAACAUGAUGGUUAAUCAAAGAUGGAAUAGCAAACUUAUGGAACAGGUGAUGGAAAAUCUUUGUGCGGAAUUGCCUUUGGCUCCUUCAGCCCCAGGAGGUAUGAUCGCUUAUCGUCGCUCCUUGGUUGUCAGUCUGUUCUUUAAGGCCUAUUUGAAGAUCACCCAACAACUGAUGAGAGACGGGAUAUUGCCCAAAGAUUUUUUGACCCAAGAAGAACUAAGUGGCGCAGAAGUUUUCCACACUCCCGUCUUAAAAAGUUCCCAAUUGUUUGAGAAGGUGACAUCCUCACAAUCCAAAUGCGAUCCCAUAGGUAGACCUUUGGUUCAUGCUUCGGCAUUUAAACAGGUCACCGGAGAAGCGAUGUACUGUGAUGACACACCACACAUGGAAAAUGAACUCUACCUGGCUCUGGUCUUAAGCACAAGAGCCCAUGCCAAAAUUUUAAAUAUCAAUCCAUCCGAGGCUUUGUCUAUGCCCGGAGUACAUUGCUUCCUCUCAAGCAAAGACCUGACGGCAAAAGAAAAUCAAGUUGGACCUCUGCUUUAUGAUGAACAGGUUUUCGCCUCUGAGGUUGUCUAUUGCCAGGGACAAGUGAUUGGAGCUGUGGUUGCUGACAAUAAAGCCUUGGCACAAAGAGCUGCUCACGCAAUCAAAGUGGACUAUGAAGAUAUACAUCCGGCCGUAAUCACCAUAGAACAGGCCAUACAAUUCAAAUCUUUCUUUCCCGGAUAUCCUUGGACCGCCCAGACCGGAGAUGUUGAGAAAGCUUUCAGGGAAGCGGAGCAUAUUCAUGAGGGCACUUGUCGCUUGGGUGGCCAAGAACAUUUCUAUUUGGAAACACAAGCCUCUUGUGCCAUCCCCAAAGAUACCGAUGAAAUCGAGGUGUUGUCCUCCACACAACAUCCAACGGAAAUACAAAAGCUGGUGGCCCAUGUCCUAUCGCUACCCGAACACAAAGUUGUGUGUCGUGCUAAACGGCUAGGCGGUGGAUUUGGUGGCAAGGAGACUCGACCUUAUUCCGUAGCUUUGCCCGUGGCCUUGGCUUGCUAUCGCUUGAGAAGACCCAUUAGGUGUAUGCUAGACAGGGAUGAAGACAUGAUGCUCACUGGCACCCGGCAUCCCUUUCUGUUUAAAUACAAAAUAGCUUUCAAUGGGAAUGGACGCCUCACGGGCUGUCUUGUGGAAUGUUUUAGUAAUGCCGGUUGGUCCAUGGAUUUUUCCUUUUCCAUUAUGGAAAGGGCUAUAUACCACAUUGAAAACUGCUACAAAAUACCCAACAUCAAAGCCAUAGGUUGGGUCUGCAAAACUAAUUUACCCACCAAUGUGGCCUUUCGAGGCUUUGGAUCUCCCCAGGGCAUGUUUGCCGCCGAACACAUGAUACGCGAUGUGGCCCGUAUUCUGGAUAGGGAUCUGCUGGACAUCAUGAGAAUCAAUUUCUAUAAACCAGGUGACAGAACUCACUACAACCAACUGUUGGAGGACUUUCCAGUGCGCAGGUGUUUUGAGGAUUGCCUGAAGCAAUCGAAAUAUCACCAAAGGAAAUCAGAAAUCCAGGAAUAUAAUCGCAAUAAUCGUUGGCGUAAAAGAGGCAUAGCCAUAGUUCCCACCAAAUAUGGCAUUGCCUUUGGAGUGAAGCAUCUAAAUCAGGGAGGUGCCCUAGUAAAUAUUUACACUGAUGGCUCUGUUCUCAUUUCCCACGGUGGGGUUGAGAUAGGCCAAGGUAUAUACACCAAAAUGAUCCAGUGCUGCGCUCGAGCUCUGGGGAUUCCCUUCGAAUAUAUACACAUAACUGAGACGGCGACGGAUAAAGUGCCAAAUACCUCUCCUACAGCAGCAAGCAUGACCUCCGAUCUCAAUGGCAUGGCUAUUGUAAAUGCUUGUGCAAAGCUAAACAAACGCCUGGAGCCCAUAAAAAAGGCCUAUCCCAAAGGCAACUGGAAAGAGUGGAUCCAUCAGGCCUACAUGAGCAGUGUUAGUCUAUCAGCAACGGGUCAUUAUAAUCUGGAAACAGUGGACUAUCAUCCGGAGAAAAAUCCCAACUCCCAGCUUUAUAGCUACUUCACCCAUGGUGUGGGAGUUGCUGUUGUAGAAAUUGAUUGUUUGACGGGCGACCAUCAGGUAUUGAGUACAGACAUUGUUAUGGACAUUGGCUCCAGCUUAAAUCCUGCCAUUGACAUUGGUCAAAUCGAAGGAGCAUUUAUGCAAGGUUAUGGUCUAUUCACGUUGGAAGAGUUGAUAUAUUCGCCUCAAGGUACGUUGUACUCAAGAGGUCCGGGAAUGUACAAAAUACCGGCAUUUGCUGAUAUACCUGGAGAGUUCAAUGUUACCCUGCUGACAGGGGCCCCAAAUCCCAGAGCUGUUUAUUCUUCAAAGGCUGUUGGUGAACCGCCUCUUUUUAUCGGCUGUUCGGCAUUUUUUGCAAUAAAAGAGGCCAUAGCAGCCGCCCGUGAAUCGAAUGGUUUUAGCAGACAUUUUGUUUUGGAAUCUCCAGCUACAGCGGCACGAAUUCGUAUAGCUUGCCAGGAUCAAUUAACUGAGAAGGUGAGAUAA